GGAAGCGAGGAAUAGUGCAAUUGUGACCACCAUAUCAAAUUUUAUAUAUAUAUAUAUAUAUAUAUAUAUUGGUUGCUUUAAUGCAAGGACUCCACUUCCACUUUCAUGGUGUUCUGUGAUAAGUGGGAGACAGAAAAGGAUUCAUGUCGUCAACAUUGUGGAGAGUAGCACUAAUAAUUGUUGCCCUGUAUGUUGAUGCACAGAAUGCACAGCUGGUACCUGCACUGUUUAUCUUUGGAGACUCUCUGGUAGAUGUGGGCAAUAACAAUCACAUACGUUUAUCCCUCAUAAAAGCAAAUUUUCCUCACAAUGGUGUGGAUUAUCCUGAUGGGAAAGCAACUGGCAGAUUCAACAAUGGUCUAAACUCUGCAGAUUUCUUGGCACAGAAGCUUGGAUUUGCUGGGAGCCCACCAGCAUAUCUUUUCCUUGAAGGUCGAGGGAACAUCAGCAGCAGCAUUCUGAAUGGAGUCAAUUUUGCCUCUGGAGGAGCAGGAAUUCUUGAUGAAAACAGCGGAGGAAGUCUUUCGAUGAACAAGCAAGUGGAAUACUAUGCAACAGUGCAUGGAAAUCUAGUAGCCCAACUGGGCAGUGCGGAAGCUCAAAAACUAGUGGCAAAAUCUCUGUUCAUGGUGGUCAUUGGAAGUAAUGACAUGUUCAGCUAUUUUGAAUCAAAUUCUAAACUGAAAGCCAAGUAUACUCCUCAGCAGUACAUAGAUCUUCUCAUUUCCACCUUUAAGGUCCAACUGCAGAGGAUAUAUAAUCUGGGAGCGCGAAGGAUUGUUAGCGUGGGAGUUGGAGCCGUUGGUUGCUGCCCAUCUCAGCGCAGUAAGAUGAACAAAACGGGGGAUUGUGUUGAGGAGGAGAACAAUCUGGCUCGAAGCUUCAAUACUGCCUUGAAAUCCCUCCUUGCGUCACAGCUAACACCAAAUCUGCAAGGCUUCCGCUAUGCUCUCUGUAACACAUAUGGAGUGGCGUCCAAGUAUUUUCAGAAUCCUUCUGUAUACGGGUUUAAGGAUGUGAUGAACGCUUGCUGUGGGGCAGGAAAGUUGAAUGCUCGCAUUGCUUGUCUACCAGUAGUGAAGUACUGUUCAAAUCGCAGAGAAUACUUAUUCUGGGAUCUCUAUCAUCCCACCCAAAUAGUGGCUCAGAUGCUUGUGGACACCUUUUAUGAAGGAUCUGCAGAUCAUGUCUCUCCCAUCAAUGUUAAGCAGCUCGUAUCCACCUCAAUUUAACUCUCAUGUAAUCUGCAUUUAAGUUUGAUGUCGGCUUUACCUCUAUAAUUUUACUUGAAGUUUUUU